AUUUUUUUAGAUUUAGAAAAAGGUGCUCAAUAUAUGGUAAGAAUUGCUGCCUUGUCUGUUAACGGUAGUGGUCCAUAUACUGAAUGGAAGACUGUUGAAACUUACUACAAUGAUUUAGAAGAACUUAAAGUCCCAGGUAAGCCAAGUGCAUUGAGAGCCAGACCUUCUUCUGAUUCCAUAUUUGUGAGCUGGGGACCUCCUCAUGACCAAAACAUUGUUGUACGAGGCUACAAAGUUGGAUGGGGAGUUGGUGUUGCUGACGUGUAUUUUGUAUAUUUGGAUGGAGAACAAAGACAUUUCAAACUUGAAAAUUUGCAGCCAUCUAGUGAGUAUGUCAUUAGUGUCAGAGCUCACAACCAUGUUGGAGAGGGAGUGCCAGCAUAUGAAACUGUGAAAACACAUAUUGAAAUAACUCCUGAGCCUUCUGCAGCAAUGCUUCCACCUGUGGGACUGAAAGCUAUAGUUUUGUCAUCUUCUACUGUUGUUUUAUAUUGGACAGACACAACUUUAUCCAGAAACCAGCUGGUUACUGACAAUAGAUAUUACGUUGUUAGAUAUGCUCCUUACACAUAUUCUUCUAUGCCAAGAUAUCAUACCCGUAAUUUCACAGACUUAAACUGUAUGCUUGAUGAUCUCUUUCCAAAUACUCAGUAUGAAUUUGCAGUUAAAGUAAUCAAAGGACGAAGAGAAAGUACAUGGAGUAUGAGUGUCAUAAAUACUACUCAAGAAGCUGCCCCAUCAUCACCUCCAAGAGAUUUGACUGUAGUUGCAUCUGAAGAUGAUAGCUCCCAAGUUAAUUUGCAUUGGCAACCUCCCAAACAGCCUAAUGGUCAUAUAACAGGUUAUGUCAUAUUCUAUACAACUGAUAAAACGCAAAGAGAUCGAGAUUGGGUUGUUGAAGGAGUAGUAGGAGAUAAAAUGACCACAGUUCUUAAAGGUCUGACAUUGGAUACUACAUAUUAUUUCAAAAUUCAAGCUAGAAAUAACAAAGGUUAUGGUCCUCUUUCAUCUGAAAUUUCUUUUCACACAACUCCAGGAUUAGCUCAUGUGUCUGGAUCUGCACUUUUUGAUAAUAAAGGGUUAACCAAUAGCUUGUUGUAUAUUAUAAUUACUUGUGUGUCUGGUAUCACAUUAUUGAUCAUCAUUGUGGUUAGUGUAGUAGUAUGCCGGCGACGUAAUGGUUACUUGGCAGCUGAUAGUGGCAAAAGCUACAAAUCUGCUAAAGGAAGUCUUGUGAAAAAUAAAAGUGCUACUAGGGAUCUCGUACCUCCAGAUUUAUGGAUUCAUCAUGAUCAGAUGGAAUUAAAAACAAUGGAGAAAGGGCAUAAUCCAGAAUCAAACAUGACAGUUACACAUCCAGAGAAUUCUCAAGAACUGUGUCACGAACCACUUUUAAAUACCUUAGAAAAGAAGAAGAGUGCCUACCUAGAUUCUAUAAAUGAUGAUCUACUGCCUAAUGCAGAUAAAUGUGUUGUCAAGUGUCGUCCCAUUAGGGCUACACCAAUAAAAAUAUCACUUGAUCACCAAAAACCACUUAUGAACGACACAUCUGUCAUAACCUGUUCAAGUAGUGGAUUAAAUCAAAAUAGUUAUGAUCUGGGAACUAAUAGUUUGGGACGACCUCUAUAUCCUCGAACACAGUACAACAUUAACAGAAAUCCUAUUAUUCAUGAUGGACAUCAGCUAGGUGAACCACCACCUCCUCCACAAGUUGCAGAGGUUUCACAGUGUCCAGGCUCUUCAUACGAGACAGACAAUAUAGUCUCAGAUGCCAGUCAUUCAGUAACAUUUAUUUCAUCUGUACAUGAGAAUCCUGAGCAGAGCAAUUCCAAUACUUUAAGUAAGAAGCAAUCUGGUCUCCAACAUCCUCUUCGUAGUUUCACAGUUCCUGGAGCCCCAUCACAAAGUGUCCCUGCAACACCUUUGUCGAAGCAUAUUUCACUUAAAUCUCCUGCCAUUGUUUCCAGUCCUCAUAAAAAGGUGGUACUUCGUACACCUAUUGAAUCCUCUGCCAUUUUACAGGCAUCAUCAAACUUACCACAGACAUCCUCAAAAUUAUGUCCAAGUGCAUCAUCUCUUUUACCAAAAAAUGACUCAACUCGCUCAGUAAAUUUACAGGUAUCAUCUGGUGUUCAGCCCUCUGAAAGCACUGAACAUUUGAAUCAAGAAAUGGCUAAUCUUGAAGGUUUGAUGAAAGAUUUGAAUGCAAUUACUGCAUCUGAAUUUGAGUGUUAAAUAGUGAGAUUUUUUUUUAAAUCAAAUCUUGUGAAAUUUUCCAGAUGUAAGCCAGCGCUUGACACAGUAGCUGGCCAUUUUUCUGAGAAAGCUUUUCUCAUUUUUUGUGAAAAGCUUACAUAUGAUUUGUGCUGUGCUUUUCAGAUUUUCAUUAAGAUAAAAUUUUUACUCUUUUUAAAUAUUUAAUCAUUCAAAAAGCAAAGUGUGCCUCUCAUUAGAUAUUCUCUGUGAACUGAAACUGCAGACUAAUGAAACUUAAUUAAACUAAAUUUAUGCAGAGCUUCAUGUGUCUUUUAAAUGUGACAAAAACAUUACUGUCUAGAAUUUCAAUAAUACACUGGUUCGUGUUAUUUGUAAGCUAAUAAAAAAUAUCAGGAAAAGCUAAAACCUUUUGUAAAAUAUUUAUAUUACUCUCUAAUAUUUAAGUUAACUACAGUUGUGCCCUAAUAUUCAUUGGUUCAGUAGGGUGUAUGUCAAGUUAGAGUAAAAUAUAGUAUGACAACAUGCAGCAGCAUGAAUGCACAAAGUAACUUGGCUUCCUUCUGCAUCCCAA